AUGGCAGAGUUGAAGAACAUGCUGCAUAUGUGGAUCACUGUCCUGCAGCUCUGGUUUGGGCUGUCUCUCUGCCUUUCUGAAUGGCCUCAGACUGGGCAGGCUCAAUAUGAAAGCCCCCCAGAAGUGGUGAUACCCUUGAAGGUAGCUGGCACUGGCAGAGGCACAAAAACUCGAGGAUGGUUGUCUUACAGCCUGUACUUUGGGGGUCAGAGACACAUUGUCCACAUGAAGGCCAAGAAGCUGUUGAUUUCCAGACAUUUCUCUGUGUUCACAUACACAGACAAGGGGGAUCUCCUUGAGGACUGGCCUUACAUCCAGAAUGACUGUUAUUAUCAGGGUUAUGUAGAAGGAAAUGAAAUGUCCAUGGUGGCUAUUAACACCUGCUUUGGGGGCUUUCAAGGAACAAUACAAGUCAAUGAUAUACAAUAUGAAAUCAAGCCCAAGAUCCCUUCUAACAGCUUUGAACAUGUGGUUUAUAAGACAGACACUGAGGAGGAAAAUUCACACCCCUUGAGAUGUGCAUUGACAGAAGAAGAAAUAGAAAACCAAUUGAAGUUUCAAGAGAAUGAUAACUUUAUGAUGAGGCAAAGCGGUUAUGAAGGCUGGUGGACCCACAAAGCCUUUCUUGAACUUAUACUUAUUGUUGACAAUCAACGAUACAAUUAUCGGCAUGGCAAUCUUUCACAUGUCUUACAAGAUGUGUUUUUCAUUCUUAAUGAAAUAGGUACAACUUUCUCUGCAAUUGAUCUUGAGAUUAAUUUAAUUGCAGUUGAAGUGUGGACUACUCAAAAUUUUGUAGCAGGAAAUAAUACAGGUUAUCUCUUAGAUAAGUUUUGUGAUUGGAAGGAAGGUAGAUUGGACCGUCGUAUAAGAAGUGAUGCGGCACAUCUCUUAAUACACCAGUAUUUUGGUAUGUUUCUUGGUAAAGCGUAUGUUGGAGGUGUAUGUAUGUCUUAUAGUUGUGGAGUCGAACGGCUGCUUGGCGAGAAUUUGGUUGCCGCAGCAAACACUGUUGCACAUGAGAUGAGUCACGGUUUGGGCAUGCCUCAUGAUGGAAGGUAUUGUUCCUGUGGACAGAGAGACUGCAUCAUGGCUCCAGCACAAAAUCCUUCCGUGAAAUUUAGCAACUGCAGCUAUGCUUCACUUGUACACACUUACAGAAAUAAGCACUGUCUGCGCUUGCCAGCAGAUUCAUCACGCCUAUAUAAAUUUCAGCUAUGUGGGAAUGGUGUAAUUGAUGAUGAAGAGGAGUGUGACUGUGGGUCUAAAAAAUUGUGUGAAACAGACCCGUGCUGUCUGGCAAACUGCACUCUAACAGCUGGGUCCGAAUGUGCUAGUGGGCUCUGUUGCAAGGACUGUCACUUCCUGCCUUCAGGCACACUGUGCAGAGAACAGGAAAACCAUUGUGAUCUUCCAGAGUGGUGUAACGGUACAACGCCAGAUUGCCCAGAUGAUGUGUACAUGAUGGAUGGCUCCCCUUGCUUGCACACUGGCUAUUGCUAUGAAAAUAGAUGCAAUGACCGAGACGAACAAUGUCAGAAGAUUUUUGGUGAAGAGGCCAGAAAUGCAAAUGAGACUUGCUACCGACACAUGAACACCAAAGGUGACCGUUCUGGAAACUGUGGUGUCUAUAGCAAUAGGUACGUAAGCUGCGUGAUCUCAGAUAUCCUCUGUGGAAGAGUUCAGUGUGACAACGUGUCAAAGAUCCCUCUUUUGGAAGAGCAUUAUAGUAUACAUUGGGAUCGCAUCAAUGACUUCAACUGCUGGGGUACUGACUUCCAUUGGGGGAUGUCCGCACCAGAUCUUGGUGAAAUCAAAGACGGGACAGAAUGUGGUGAGGGACGUAUGUGCCUCAAGAGGAAAUGUGUACCAAAACCCGCUUGGGAGAGUGAGUGUUCACCAGGGUCCUGCAAUUUGCAAGGUAUCUGCAACAACAAACAUCACUGCCAUUGCAACUAUGGGUGGAGUCCGCCGUUCUGUGAGGUGCAAGGCUUUGGAGGUAGUGUUGAUAGUGGCCCACCUCCUGCGAAACUGGAAGAACCGAGAACUGCGAAGAGAAACUUUUACUUAAUACCAAUUUUUCUCUUUACUUUUUUCACUGUGCUUAUUGCUUUAUCCAUUGUGUAUUUGAAGAGGGAGAAAAUAAUAUAA